GAGUGAGAGUGCCGACCGAGUGUUUAGCGACUGUUAUGUUCUAUAGUGUAUAACCGUAAUAAUGUGGUCGGUUCACGUCGUCGUCGUUGCAUUUCUGGCGCUCUUUUGCGUGCUUCGCGUUUGUCACAGCCAGCUAGCGGACGAUGACGACGAGCGGGAUGAUGUACGAAACGAUGUGAAAGUAGAGAAACGAUUGAAGGAUGCCUUGCUCAAGGACUACGACAAGCAGCUGAGGCCGGUCAUCAACGUCAGUGACGCCGUGCCACUCAGAACGAUGAUGUACAUCAGAAACAUCAAGGAACUUGAUGAGGUGCGCGAGGUAUUGACGCUGAGCGUUUGGUUUAGAAUGGUGUGGCAAGAUCAGCACAUGGUAUGGGAUCCAACUAAGUACUCGAACAUCACCAGUAUCCGACUAGCCUCUGAGUCCCUUUGGAGACCGGACAUUUACCUUUAUAACAACGCACAUGCAAACAUUGAGCAUUUUCCCACCAAAAUGUUCAUCACAAUUCGAUACAACGGCAGGAUGUCCUGGGCCAUACCCGUCGAGUUUCGAAGCUAUUGUCCGGUAGACCUCAGCGACUUUCCGUUCGACUCGCAGAGGUGCGUGUUAACUAUCGGCUCGUGGGCGCACCACGGCUGGGAGAUCGCGCUGUCCAACGUCACCUACUGCUUCUACUCGCAGUACUCGCACCAGGAGUGGGAGAUCACGCGCUGCAACACGAAGAUGCAGAGCGUGACGUUCGGUUCGUUUCCCGAACCGUUUCAAGAUCUCAAGUUCAUCGUCGACAUGAUGCGGCAUUCGGCACCCUACGUCAAGAUCGUCGUGCUGCCGUGCAUCGCCAUCGAGGCGAUCGCGCUCGCCUCGUUCUUCCUGUGUAUCGAAUCUCGCGAGAGAAUCACGAUGGCCAUGCUGAAUCUCGUCGUGCUGGCGAUUCUGAACAUGGACAUGACCGCCAUGAUGCCCGUGAGAUUUUCUAACGCCGUCCCGAUCAUAGUUGCCAUGUACGACCUGACGUUCUUCAUGCUGGUGCUGUCGCUGCUCAUGUCCGUCGUCGUGCUGGCUCUGCACCACCGCGUCGUCACGCGCUCCAUGCCCGCCUGGACCCGCCUCGUCUUCAUACAGCUCCUCGCACGAGUCCUCCUCGUCGACACCACCGGCGUGCUGCAGCGACCCGGCGAUAAACAGCAGCUGUCGUCGCCGGAGGACGCCACCGUCGCGACUUCCGAUUCCGGUAGCGACGAGAAGGAGGCGUUGGACGCGAUACAGAGAGAGUGGAAGCUGGUGGCGAGAGUCUUCGAUAGGCUGAUGUUUGUCGCGUUUUUCACCUGUUUCUUUAUCGGUUGGUGCGUGUUCGGGAGCAAAGCGAGACGCUAGAAGAGUUGUUUUUAUUCUGAUUACGCGCAGCGCUUGUGCGAUCAUUAUUUCGUGUUUAGAUACUUUCGGAAUUUGCAUUAUUCUACUCGCAAUAGGUUUCUAUAUACUUCUUGUGACAUAUCGCAGAAACCUCGAUUAGUAUGAUCUUAUUCUUAUGCAAUAAUUAUUAGUUAUAUAUAUUGUCUGAUGGUAAUGACCACUCUUUGCGACUGGACCACUGGUUACGACUGACCACUGGUUGCGACCAGAUUUUGUAACCACUUUGAAGCUUGUAAGGUGGCAUAUACCAAAGGUUGCAAUAUUACCAAUGCAAUAUUUCCAAUCCGAGCUAUUUACACUAUUAUAAGACGAAUUGUAGACGAUGGCAUUGUAAUUUCUAUUAAAGACGCAUAUACAUACGCAAUAUUACUAUUAUAUACUAUUAUAUUAAUAUUAUACUAUCGAGAUUUUAAUACAGUGCAUUUGUAAUUCUAUUUUGUGGCAUACGAUGUGUAUAUUUUUGUGACGUAUGCCAUGUAACAACCGUAGAUAGAAAUACGCAGUGACAAUGGUCAGAUACACUGAAUAAUCGUGCGUAAAACAAAUCUUCCUGGCCUUUUGUCAAUAGUUAAAAUUCCACUGGUCACGUAGUUCUACUACACAGCGACAGC